AUGAGUGUGAGGGUGCAAAAACAACAAAAAUGUGUCAACUGUGGACACACACAGUUUGACGUUAAUAGAUACACAGCAGCAGGCGAUGUGUCAUGUCUUCGAUGUGGUACUGUUCUCGAAGAGAACCCUAUUGUUUCUGAGGUCCAGUUUGGUGAAUCUUCUAGUGGUGCAGCCAUGGUCCAGGGUGCUAUGGUUGGAGCGGAUCAGGCAAGGGCAACUUUUGCAGGUGGAAGACAGAAUGCAAUGGAAAGUAGAGAACAAACAAUAACCAAUGGGAAACGAAAGAUUAGGAGAAUAGCAGCGGCUUUAAGGAUUCCAGACUUCAUUGCCGAAGCUGCCGGGGAAUGGUUUAAACUUGCGUUGACUAUGAACUUUGUCCAAGGAAGACGUUCAAAUAACGUCUUAGCCACAUGCCUUUAUGUAGCGUGUCGUAAGGAAAAGACACCGCAUAUGUUGAUCGAUUUCAGUUCGAGAUUGCAGAUCUCGGUGUACUCUUUGGGUGCCACAUUUUUGAAAAUGGUGAAAGCUUUACACAUAACCUCGUUGCCAUUGGCAGACCCUUCUUUAUUUAUACAACAUUUUGUCGAAAAGUUGGAUUUCAAGGAGAAAGCGACAAAAGUUGCUAGAGAUGCAACAAAACUUGCUCAAAGAAUGUCAGCAGACUGGAUCCAUGAAGGAAGGCGGCCAGCAGGUGUUGCAGGUGCAUGUGUUUUGCUUGCUGCGAGAAUGAAUAAUUUUAGAAGAAGUCAUUCAGAAAUUGUGGCAAUAUCACAUGUCGGACAAGAAACAUUACAAAGAAGGUUGAACGAAUUCAAAAAAACCAAGGCCGCGCAGUUGUCGGUGAAAAGUUUCCGUGAUGAUGAAGAGGUUGAAAGUGCCAAUCCACCUUCAUUUGAAAAAAAUCGGAAAAACGAAUUGAGAAUAGCACGCACUUUACAAAGGCGGCAACAGGAAACUUUCAAUGACUUGGAAAGUAUGACAGAGGAUGAAAAAAUUCAAUAUCUAGGUGAUCUUUCCAAAGAUGAACAGCAAAAGCAAAUACUCAUGAAUACGAUAAUGAGUGACAUUACAAUCAACAAAGAGUUGAUCAAUGAACAAAUAGAGAGAAUUUUAAAGUCCAAGCGAAACAAAUUAGAACAAUCGCUAUACAAAACCCCACACGAGUUAGCCAAGGAGAAAAUCGAGGAGGAUGAUUUAGAUCGAAUUUGGAACAUGAACUGGCCAAGAAACUUGGUUAAGAACUUACCAACCACUGAGGAUGUGCUUAAGCUUGUUUCGUCUGAAACCGAAUUGAACUCAGACGAUGAUGAUGCAGUCGUAGAGGAGAGUCAAAUGACACCUGAAGAAGUGGCCAUGAAGGAAAGAAUUUGGACAGGUCUCAACCAUGACUACAUGGUAGAACAAGAACGCAAGCGGUUGAAACAAGAAGCUGACGAGCUUACGGGAAACACCUCUGCAACCUCUGGUGCCAAUCGUCGAAAAAGACAACGGUCGUCGGUGCCACCUGAGAUUCAAAAAGAGAUUGGAGAUAUAAUUUUGGAUGAAGAUGGAGCACCCAAAAGUGCCGGUGAUAGUGCAAAAAUGUAUUUCUCAAAAACAUCGGUGUCGAGGAAAAUCAAUUACGAGUCUUUGCAAGGGCUAUUUGGUGAAAAGUUUUGA